AUGGCCGCUCGUCAACUUCCUUUACACUCCAUCAGUUUUGGUAAAAUGGUUCCUCUAGAAAGAAAAACAUCAUCCCUAGUAACCAAGAACUUUAAUGUCCCUUGUCCAAUCCAAUGCAUGGCGUUAUCUGAUGUUUCUAGCCAUACUCAAACUGUUCGUCGAUCUGCAAACUUCCAACCUUCAAUUUGGCAUUAUGAUUAUAUCCAAUCAUUGAGUAGUGAAUAUAAGGAAGAAAAAUACACAAAGCAAAGCAGAGUGCUAAAGGAAGAAAUCAGGGUGAUGCUUUGCCAAGUGGAAGAUCAUGCUGAACAACUUGAGAUGAUUGAUGUCUUGCAAAGGCUUGGUGUUGCUUAUCAUUUUACCAAUGAAAUAAGGAGUAUACUGGAAAAUGUACACAGCAAUAUGGACAUGUUAAAGAGGAAGAAUAAUUUAUAUGCCACGGCCCUUGCUUUCAGACUGUUAAGGCAACAUGGAUAUAAUCUAUCAACAGAUGUUUUUGGUGGCUUUCAAGAUGAAAUGGGUAAUUUCAAAAAAUGCCUCUCUGUUGAUGUCGAGGGAUUGCUGUCACUGUAUGAAGCCUCGUUUCAUUCAGUGGAAGACGAACUUAUACUCGAUGAAGCAAGAGAUUUCACAUCAAAAUUUCUCGAAGAAUAUGUGGAGAAGAAUAGAGGUAAUGGUACAUCACUCCUAAUCAGUCAUGCUUUGGAGUUUCCGUUGCAUUGGAGGGUGCCAAGAUUGGAGGCUUUGUGGUUCAUUAAUUUUUUAGAAGAGAGAAGGCAAAAUGAGAAACACGCUUUACUUCAGUUUGCUAAAUUGGAUUUCAACAUGGUUCAAAGCAUCUACCAAGAAGAACUCAAGUAUACAUCAAGAUGGUGGAAAGGAACUGGCUUAGUAGAAGAGUUGAGUUUUGUUAGGAACAGGUUUGUGGAGAAUUUCUAUUGGGCCGUGGGAUUCAAUUUUAAACCAGAUCUCGGAAAUUUCAGAAAAGAAUUAACAAAGGUCAUUUCCCUUAUAACCACCAUUGAUGAUAUUUAUGAUGUACAUGGCACCUUGGAAGAAUUAGAGCUCUUCACAGAAGCAAUAGACAGAUGGGAUCUAAAUGCUAUGGAUGGUCUACCACACUACAUGAAAAUAUGCUUCCUUGCACUCUAUAACUCCGUCAAUGAAAUAGCUUAUGCCACCCUAAAAGAGAAUAGAUACAACAUUAUUCCAUACCUAAAGAAAGCGUGGGCUGAUUUAUGCAAAUCGUAUUUGGUUGAGGCUAAAUGGUACUAUAGUGGAUAUACGCCAAGACUACAAGAAUACAUUGAGAAUGCGUGGAUAACCAUAAGUGGACCUGUUGUACUGGUGCAUGCUUACUUCUUGAUUCCACGUCCAUUAGGAAAGGAGGAUUUAGUUUUCUUAGAAGAAUAUCCCAAUAUAAUUCGCCUUUCGGCAAUUAUUUUUCGCCUUGCGAAUGACCUUGGAACAUGCAAGCGUGAGGUGGAUACAGGUGAUGUUACUAAAUCAAUUCAAUGCCACAUGGAAGAAACUGGUGCUUCUGAAGCAGACUCUCGUGAGUACAUAAAGGGCAUGAUACGUACAACAUGGAAGAAGAUGAAUGAAGAAGCUCGCAAUUCUUCUUUCUCUCAGAGUUUCAUAGAUACUGCUAUAGAUGUUGCAAGAAUGUCACUGUGCUUUUACCAAUAUGGAGAUGGGUAUACACUACCAGAUCAUGACAUCAAGAGUUGCAUGCUAUCAUUGAUUAUGCAACCCAUUCCUGUCACAAUUAAAGAGAAAUAUGCUGAAGCAAGCAGCUGGUGGGUGUGUGAUUGUGCUGAUCCAGAUGGUGGCUGGCAGUGGUCUAAGUUCAACAGCUUUCUGAGUAAUGAGGCUGUUGAUGCUAUUGCAAAGGUGAUGCCUCCAUCUGAGGGUGCUGGAACUGAUAAGGUGGUCUGGAAUUUAUCUAGCACAGGUAUUUUUUCGAUCAAGACUGCAUAUAUUUCUUUAAGUAGGCAGUUUGAUUAUGAUGACAGUAGGAACUGGUGUCUGGCUUGGGAUUGGGAGGGGCCUCAGCGUAUAAGAGCUUUCCUUUGGCUCCUUAUGGGGGAGAAUCUGCUAUCUAAUGAUCAAAGAGUAAGGAGGCAUCUUGGUGAAGAUGCUACCUGCAUGAGAUGGCAGGCUGAUGUGGAAGAUUGUAAUCAUAUUUUUAGAGAGUGCAGUUGGGCUUGCCAGAUUUGGCAGUUAUGCUGUCACGGGUUGGUGCUAAACGGUUUCUGGGAAGGUGAUUUUGUAAGCUGGAUUGAAAGAAAUCUGAAUAGGAAGAAGGAAAAUAAGGACUGGAGGAGGCUGUUUGGGGUUGUCUGUUGGCUGAUAUGGAAGGAAAGAAACAAUGGAGUUUUUAAUGAUGAAUGGGAAACUCCUAUAGAAGUUGUGAGACAUGCUAUGAUGUUUAUGCAUAAUGUAUUAGUGGCUGAAAAAAUGUUCUGUAAAGCUGGUUUGAUGGUUGACAGUAGGAGUGUGAGGAAGCCCCAUUGGGAAGCACCUCCAACUACCUGGAUAAAGCUUAAUUCGGAUGGAGCUUGCUCUGUAAAAGGAACACGUCUCAGCUGUGGUGGUGUCAUCCGAAGUUGUAAUGGGGAUUGGAUUGCUGGUUUUUCAAAAGGACUUGGGUGUGGUAAUAUUCUGAUGGCUAAACUAUGGGGUAUAUUAAUUGGCUUGGAAUGGACUUGGGUAAAAGGCUACCAACGAGUGAUGGUGGAAACAGAUUCCAUGGAUGCGUGUGAGUUGAUUACUCAAGGAUGUGUGGAUUCGCACCCUUGCCAUCUGCUCAUGCUUAGGAUAAGAGAGAUGCUGGAGAAGAGUUGGAUGGUGAGGGUUGAUCAUGUGAAUAGAGAAUGCAAUAGAGUGGCGGAUUGGCUAGCUCGCCAGGCUUCGCAAGUGGACUGGAGUAUUGUUUGGCUUAGUGAACCCCCUGAGGGUUGUUUAGAUCUUUUGUUGGAAGAUUGUAGGGCGAACUGUGCCCAAGGUAGUAGGUAG